UUCACGCACGCAUCGCGUGCAAAGAAGGCUAGUACUGAAGACCGAUUAAACAGAAAGCAAGUGGGUUCUCUUACUAGAAAGCCUGGCUCAGAUCACAAUCUAUUUGAGAGGAAGGCUGCAAGCUUCUUGUAUAGUCCUGGUCGUCUAAGUGAGCAUCUGUAUGAGGACAGAUUUGCAAAUGAAGGAUCGAGCUCACGGGUUUCAGACUACUCCUUGUCAAGCGGUGGUGAUCCAUUCAAGUCUGCACCACAGUCACCAAAUCUUCAGACCGAUGAUGGGUUUUCAAGUCCUACCUCUGAUUCCUCUAGGGAAAUUGUUGAUGGCCUCAAUCGCACGUAUUCGGAAACAUUUGCAAAGAGAGACAUUCCUUUACCACGACCACAGAGAACUAUGUCUUCAGUGAGUGUUGGAUCAUUUGAGAAGAAUUCUGCGUCUCUUCCAUCAAUUGAUUCUGGUAGUUCGUUUGAUGCUUUUCCGGAGCCCAAUCAUUCAAAUGCCACCACUCAAAAUAAAGUCUCUACCAUUCUAUCUCCCUCACAAUUGCCUGUUGAAAGUGUUGGUGGAUUGAAUUUCUUUGAGGAUGCAUCAGGAAUGCCGGCACCGAAUUCAGCUCUGAGUUUUGAUCUGUUUCAAGCAUCAAGAGUUGAAUCUGUUGCAUCAGUGGAUUUGUUUCAAUUUCCUGCAGAUUCUUCAGCUUUGUCUAAAAAAUUUCCCCAAACAUCCUGCUCCUCAUCUUCAAGUUUCCUUCCUCAGACAUCUCAGAAUCCUACUGUUCCUAAUUUACACCAAAAGCUACCCGAGUCAUCAGAACCAAGUAAUGAGGGGUGGGCCACAUUUGAUGCGCCUCAGCAUGGUGAUAUCCCUGGUACUAAUACCGUAGAUACUGUUGGCUCUGAAGCUGGAUCAGAAGGUGGAAUUACUUUAUCAAAUUUAAAUUAUGUUCCAUCCUCAAAUGCCGGGUUGCAGUGGCCGGAAUUCCAGAGUUCCUCCACUCAGUCGCCUCCGUUUUUGGUGUCUAAUCCAUUGAAGGGCCUGCAGACUGUUCAUGAACCUGCCAACAUGCCAAGUAGUCAGGUGUGGAAAGCCUUUGAUGAAGGCAAUGUACAACAGCCCCACAGUAUAGACAUGCAAGGCUUGAAUUCACAAGUUUCUUUCGACAAUACGUCCUCUAGUACUGAUCUAUUUUUUGGCUUGAAAACUUCACAGGAUUCUAGUAUAGAUGGGCUUCAGCAAAUUGCACCUACUGAAGGAUUCUCAUUUCCAAUAUUACCAUCAUUCGUUGAACCAAUGCAUCCUUUCAUGAGUGAUGAAGCAAGUGCUCGGCAGAAUUCUGUUAAUCCGUUUGAUGUGCCAUUUGAUUCUGAAUUGGAAGCACACAAUUCGUUUUUGGACAUGAGUACUCUUCAAGCUGCACUUCCCAAUAAGUCGCUACCACCCUCGUAUAUGAGUAGCAUAAACGAGCCAUGGUUUCCAGGAAAUUCUGUGGCUUCUCCAGGUGGGAUUUCAUACAUGACAGUACAGGCUCCAAGCUCUCAGUUGCAGUCUAAAAGAACAGGUACUCCAGUUCCGAAUGAUCCUGAUCUUGAGAAAACCAUCCGGCUGCUCAAGAAGACACAAAAGAAGAAAAAGCAAUCUGUUAAUAAGGGAAAACACACAGAAGAACCAACAGAACCAAUCAUGCCUCAUAAGUCAUUGAAGUCUUAUGGGGUACCUUCUCCUGGCAAUAUUCCCACAGGCCCUACUAUGCUUGAUAUACAAGCAGUCAACUUCGAAAUCAAGCCUGCCCUCAUUAAUAUGAUCCAGCAGAAUCAGUUUGGUGAGCAUCCAUCUGAAGACCCUGCAAAUCAUUUACAAUGGUUUCAACAACUCUGUCGUACCGUUAAGCAUCAAGGGGUUGAUCAGUGAAGGUCAUGGUCUUCGAAUUUUCAUUAAAGGACAAGGCACAGAAGUGGCUGAGCGAUGUCAAUGAAACUGAGUGGAGUGCUAUAUCUGAAGCAUUCCUGAAAGAGUACUACCCUCCCACCAAGACUGCAGAAAUAAGACAUAAGCUUGCCACCUUCCAAUAAGAACCCGAUGAAACACUGAAGGAAGCAUGGAAUAGGUUCAAGGAUCUGCAGAGAGAAUGCCCACACCACAAUCUGGAUAAGUGGUUCAUCACCCAAGCAUUCUACAAUGGUCUACAACCUCAUAUCAAGAGCACGAUUGAUUCAUCUACAGGGGGUGUCUUCCUAGAUAAGGGGGUAGAUGAAGGAUACGAUUUUCUGGCCAACUUAGCAGCGAAUGAUCAUAGUUCCUCUAGAACUAUUACAAAGAAAAAGUUGGAUGCUGAUGCAUAUGCCUUGUUGUCCUCACAAGUCGCACAGUUGAGCAUGAAGAUGGACUCACUGAAAUCUUCGCAGUCUAGUACUCCUCCCAUUAGUAUUAAUGCGAUGUCUUCCAUGGCUCCUAUUACUUCCUCCUUUUGUGAAGUGUGUGGUGUUCAAGGCCACUUUGGUCAUGAUUGUUGCUACAGUCAACCUGAUCCGAAUCAGAUAGAGCAUGCAAAUGCUUUUCAGCAGAGACCACACAACCCGUACUCUAACACUUACAACCCAGGUUGGAGAGAUCACCCCAAUUUUUCCUAUUAGAACAACAAUGUUCUGAAUCCUCAACCUCCACCACAAUCUUCCUACCAACCACCAUAUCAAAACCCACCACAACAUGCUGCUAGACAACCAUACUAUCAAGGUGCUCCUCAGAACUCCCCUCCUGGUUUUAAAAGGCCUUCACACCAAGGCUAUCAGCAGCAAGCUCCUCAUAAUACCAGCUCUCAAGAGCCUACUAUGUCUGAUCUAAUGAAAAUGAUGGUUUCCAUGCAGAAAAAUCAUGAGAAGAGCAUCAAGGAGCUGAAGAACACCACAAAGCAUUUGGAGACUCAACUUCCUCAAGUGGCAGGAAAUAAUGCACAAAGGCAACCAGGUCAUCUGCCGGGGCAACCAAUUCCUAAAGAAACUGCUAAUGCUGUCACUCUUCGAAGCGGUACACAAUAUGAUGCCCCACCUAUGCCUACUGAUGAUUCAGUACCUCCAGUUCAGAAUGAUGUUGUGGAUGACAAUGAAGGUGAGGAUAGCUCCAGAACUGAAGUUGAGCGCGGGAAAGUGGAUGACGCAGAGAUCCGCAAGGAGAAGGUUACUGAUUCUCCUACUCCACCACUCCCUUUCCCCCAUAGGAUGAAAAAAUCAAAGGUCGAUCAACAACUUGGUAAAUUUAUGUCUAUGGUCAAAAAUCUUGAGGUAACA